GUAGUAGUGUACUCCAGUGGAGAAGAAGAGUAGUAGAGAGAGACAAGCACUCUCUUCUCCCCUUCUUCCCCAACCCCGACUACCCCACUGCUCCGCCUCGCCUCACGCCACCACGGGGGGAGCGGAGCCCGCGGCCUGUGCCCUCCGCGCCGCCGCAGUCCCUCCCCCUGCGCAAGCGGGGAGAUCAGAUUGCCGGAUAGGAGGAGGAGGAGGAGGAGGAGGAGGAGGGGAUUGGAAUUGGAGCGCCAGCGCCACCACAGAUGGGGGCUCUGCCCAAGGAGGGGGCCCCGGCGGUGGAUGUCUCCGUGGAGGGGACCCUGGUCUGGCUGCGCCGCCCCAAUGGCUCCUGGUGGCCCAGCAUCGUCAUCUCGCCGCAAGACGUCCCCGAAGGCUGCCCCCCGCCGCCGCGCUGCCCCGCCACACCCAUCAUGCUCCUCGGCCGCCGCCCCGACGGACCAACCUAUGUCGACUGGUGUAACCUCGACAGGUGCAAGCGCGUCAAGCCCUUCCGCUGCGGGGAGCUCGACUUCGAGCAGCGCAUCACCAACGCCCUCACCCUCGCCGCCACAGGCAACAGGUCCACCUGGAGCUACAACAAGGGCAGGUACGCCCGCAUGGAGGACGCCAUUCUCCAGGCCCUCGACAUAGAGAAGGAGCGAGCUCUCGGCUCAAAAACCAAGGCCUACCUCCAUGCUGCCAGCUGCUCUCCCAGUCCCAAAACUGAAAUGACCAACGGGCAAGUCAAAGAUGCUACAGCAAAGGAUGCUUCUCCAACCAUUCAGCCGUCACCGCUGCUGUUGCCGCUCCCCCUGCCACCGCUGCCGCCCAAGCGGAAGCGCAAGACGCCCUAUGACUCUGAGGACGAUGCGCCCAAAGGGUCCCGCCGCAUGAGGGACCUCAGGGACAUCGGAUCCAAGACGGUCCCCCCAAUGGACUUGGUGAAUGCUGCCGCAAUCUCGGCUACCAAGUAUGAUGAUCUGCCUAAUGAUGGACAGGUCAAAAGAAUUGUGCACUCUCAGGCCACCACAAAGAGGAAGCAUGCUGACACGCAUCAGGACCAACCUUGUGGGAUCCCCAGGAAGAAGGAUAGGUCUCGCCCGCUCUCGGAGCUCUGCAAUGGAGACAUGUGGAAUGGUUCCAGACCAAAUGGCCAGAAGGCCGAUGAACAUUUGUUGGGUGUGGCUACAUGUUCAAGCAGCUCCUCUGGCACUUCAACCUUGGAUACUCCAUUGGACACGAAUAGCUGUCAUCGCAGCGCAGCAUUCAAAACAGAUCAAGCAAAGGGCACAGAAAUAUCCUGCAUGACAAGGCUACUCAGUGACGAUUCCCGGCAUGGGAAUGAUUUUGUCGAAACUCCCCCUGCUGCACAAAAAAUCCUGGAAUCAGACCAUUUGCAUAGAUAUCAACCUUCUGGAUUGACAGAGAAUCCUACCUGGAAAUCCAAUAAGCAAAUUCAUGACUCCCGGAAAGCUGAGAAACGUGCACGCAAAAAUAUUAAGAUGAGAACCAUAAGUUCUGUUGAUCAGGAGGGCAAGAACAGGACAAGAGAUUCUAAUGAUCGUGACCACCACAAAACAAAGAUAGGGAAGCACAAAGUAGCAAGAGAUGAGGUUGUCCUUUUGGAGAAAAGGCUGGAGAAGCAUUCUUUGAACAAGCCUGCUGAACAUGAUACUAAAAUGCAUAUUGCCGUAGUUCCUAGUGGUAUGGAUUGUGUUGGCGCAGUUCAGCAGCAGCACUGUCAAAGCAAGUGUGAUCCUGAAGAGUCAUUAGAAACCUUAAGCAACCAUUCAAACUGUGAGAGUGGUUCAGUAUCAUCUCUAGUGUUUGAGAAGCCACUGCAGGUAUUGUCGCCCGAAAAGAAACCGCUGGGUCAUGAAAGAUGUCAUGCAGUGAAGCCAAUCAAGACGCUGCAUUUGAACCCCACCCUUUAUGAUGUGGAGUUGAGUGUGCUGGGGAGCAGCAACUCGGGACGCCGUGUGCCCCUUGUUUCUCUAAUGAGUAGGUGCAAUCGUAAACCUGUCGUGGGGUAUCCAGUCUCCGUGGAGGUCAGUGAUGAUGUGUUUGACCGUCCUUUAUCAAGGAAAGAUGUACAGCAGCCUGCUACAAGCAGUGUGAAUGGAAUAGUAUUGAAGAAGGAUGAAACUGAGAGUUUACAAUGUCUUGUGCCAUCAUCAGCACAGACAUCCCGGCCAAAACCCAAAAGCCGCAGCAGGAGGGCAUCAGAGAAGGAAGUGGACAAGUUAUGGCAGCCACAUACCAAAAAACCAGCUUCCUCGUCAAGAAAGAUGCGGAGGCUUUCCUCUUUUGCUUCAGGCCAGAGAGACGGCGACGACAGGAAGUCGGCGGUGGGGAAAGUGGCAGGCGCAACUAUUGCGUGCAUCCCGCUCCGAGUUGUUUUCAGCAGGAUCAACGAGGCGCUGAGCUUCUCAGUUAAUGAGAAUGCCCUAGCUGGGUGCGGGGCUGCUCCCCGGCUGAGGAGGAGGUGAGGAAUACUUGGUAGCUAGGUGUUGCUGCAUGUUCACGUGCUUUUUGUGGCCAUGCCAUAAUAGCAUUGGGAAAUGCUUAGUGUGGCCUAUCACUUGGAGCAUGGUGAUAGGUGAUGUAUCAUGUGGUUGUGAGCCACAUCACACUUCACUCACAGUAGAGAGGCAGUAGAAGGAAGGACUGUGCUGAGGCACCCCUCAUCAUUAAAAAAAAAACAUUUGAUGGUCUGUGGAGCACAUGAUCUGACGGUGGAAGCAAAUAAAUUAGUGUAGGCUGUUGAUUACCCCCCUGCCUAUCUUGUUUGGAAAUCUGCUUCUGGUGUUGGUGAUGCAUUGCUGCUGUAAUGUAACUACCUGUGUUGGUACAGGCCAGGCCAUCCUAAUUGGAAUUGGAAGCAUCAGCUUCUGCUUGCUCUGUCUUUC